UCGAGAACUGCCGAACAUUGCAACCCAACCAAAACGUUCUGGACCGUCGCCCGGGUAACAGGUCACAGGUGUUUGCGGGUAUCGUACACUAUUCCGCAAACUCUAGGCUAGUGGAUGGUGUGAAGAGGUCAGCCUAGUAGUGCUUGUGGAUGGAUGUGCUGAAACUGUGUGUGAGUCAACAGAAUUGGAAACAAGUUAUGCUAGUGCUGUGAUACAUGAUUAUGAACAGUGUUUAAGUGGACUGGUGGCUAAGUAAAAGCGAAUAGUCUUUGAGCUAGAAAGAGUUACUAGUGCUGUAAGGAUAGUGAAAACGAAAGUGAUAUUAUUCCUGCUUCAUAAUGGAGACUAAGGUUUUGAUAAUCAUCCUGCUGCUCUUAACGAUGGUGCGUGCCGCGUCCAAAUACUACGACGGUCCGAUACGCCCGUACGAGUUCGGCUUCAACAUCGAAGGACAUCAGCACAGGAAGGAAUCUAAAGAUAAAAACGGAAUCAUUAUGGGCGAGUUCGGGUUCAUUACGGCCGAUAAUGUCUACCACGUCACGGUGUACGCGACCGAUGCGGACGGCAACUUUAAAAUUGUCAGCAUGAAGAACUAUAAACUCGGACCAACCACACUGCCUCCUCCUCCUCCUCCACCACCAUCGCCACCACCACCCACCACCACUACACCCGCUCCAACGACUACCUCAACCACACCGCAACCGUUCCGCAUAAUCACCACCGCCAAACCGAUCGUCCCGCUGACCACGCCGAAACCCUCCAGCGUGGCCACCUGCUCGGGAUGCAAAAUCCCAGAACCACCGGUACCGUCCACGCAGCCCCCGCUGCCCGAAACGAGCACCCUGUACGUGCCACCGUUUAAAAUCGUCAACAAGAACGACCUUGAACCGGUGGGCGGAGGUAAAGCAACGCCCGGCUCAAUGGUGACCACAACGGCCGGGUCGGUCAGCGGGCCGGCCGAGCCACCGCCCGAUGUGCCCCAGAAGCUGGUCGAAUCGAAGGGAUCGAAGGAAGGGUCGGAGCGUCAGCAGCAGGGUGGAGGGUCGGGCACGAGCUCAGCUGCAAACGUAACUGCUGGGGAGCGGAGCGAACAGAGGAAAGAGCCGAACAGAUCGAAGGGGCAAACGAGCGGCGAACGAAAAGCGCCGAAAGAAGAUCAACCUCAAUCACAGUCCCGCUCAGAGGCACCGAAAAAGGACGGCCGUGGGUCCACCGGCACCGAUAAGGACGAUCCGAUGAAGCUGAUCGAGAUACACACUGCCAACAUGAUCCAGCACAUCCUGAACGGGCUGCUGUACCGGUUCAACUACACCGCCGGCUACCACGGCCACCACGAGCAGGGCGACCGGCAGGGCAAUAAGGAGGGCGGCUACUAUUCCAUCGGGCGGGACGGCAUCCGGCGCGGCGUUAGCUAUAAGGCGAACGAGUUUGGCUACCAGCCGCACAUCAAGUUCGAAAAGGUCAGCCCGGAGGAGACGCCCCGCGAGGAGACGGAAAAGCAGGCGGGGUUGAAAGGGUUCGACUUUAAGUGGUUUUACGGUUCGUAAUGGGAUGCUGCAUCCAGAUUCCUUUUUGUAUUGUAACUACUAAAAAUACUCAACUCGAUCUUGUGUGACGGGAAAAGGAAUGUUAUAACACUGCCUCCCUCCCAUUUGUAACAGUCCUCUGCCACAGGUGAUUGUAUCCUUGUUGAAAGUAAAGUAAGAGUGGCUAGCAAAUGUAAAUGUAAAACCAGGAUAAACGCAGGGAGCGAAACACUGAGGAUGAAGCAUUCAAAAGCGAAAAGAAAGGAAUGUAAGACAAAACACGCGCUCUGUUUCAUAUGUUAAACGCUGCGAUAUGCUAAUAAAAGUGAUAGGAAGGUAAGCCUUCAGUAACAAA